UGCUAAAGAGAUGGCUCUGCUGGCUCUGAUGGAGAAAACGGGCUACAACAUGGUCCAAGAGAACGGCCAGAGGAAGUAUGGAGGACCUCCACCAGGAUGGGAGGGUCCGCCCCCGCCUCGAGGCUGUGAGGUGUUUGUGGGGAAGAUUCCCAGACACAUGUACGAAGACGAGCUGGUGCCGCUGUUCGAACGCGCCGGAAGAAUCUACGAAUUCAGACUCAUGAUGGAGUUUAGUGGAGAGAACCGCGGCUACGCCUUUGUCACGUACACCAACAGAGAGGCGGUGCAGAGGGCCAUUCAGAUGUUGGAUAAUUACGAGAUCAUGCCAGGCAAGUACAUCGGCGUCUGCUUGAGUCUGGACAACUGCAGACUCUUCAUCGGAUCCAUACCCAAGGACAAGAAGAAAGAAGAGAUUAUGGAGGAGAUGAAGAAGGUGACCGACGGCGUGGUGGAUGUCAUCGUCUACCCGAGCUCCACCGAUAAAUCCAAAAACAGAGGCUUUGCUUUUGUGGAGUACGAGUCUCAUAAGGCGGCUGCUUUGGCCCGAAGAAAACUCAUCCCAGGUACGUUCCAGCUUUGGGGCCACUCAGUCCAGGUGGACUGGGCAGAGCCUGAGAAGGACGUGGACGAGGAGGUGAUGCAGCGCGUCCGAGUGCUCUAUGUGCGUAACUUGAUGCUGAGCACGUCGGAGGAGACUCUGCAGCACGAGUUUUCACGGUUCAAACCAGGAAGUGUGGAACGAGUCAAAAAGCUCACGGACUACGCCUUUGUGCACUACCAUCACCGUGACGACGCCCUGACCGCCCUGGGCCUGAUGAAUGGAGUGGUCAUCGACGGAGCCGCGGUCGAGGUGUCACUCGCCAAACCCGUCACCGUGAACCGAGAGGGCGGGGGCGUGGCCAGGAAGCACCACAACAGGGGUUACCCGGGCAACGGUAACCACAGUAAGCUCAUGAGCGUUGCCACUGCGACAGCAGAAGGGGGCGGUGCAGGAGCCGAAGGAGGGGCGGAGUUUAUGACGCACCGGAAUGACAACGGAGACGGGCCAAUGAGAGACCUGCCCUCCAGACCGGGGGGGCUCUACUUGGAUCACACAGAUGGCGUGGAGCGGUGCAUGUACCCACUGUUACCUGGGACGUCCCUGAGCCCCACCAGCCUCCUGUCACUCAAACAGAGCCAGAUCUGCUCCGCCCAGAGUCUACUCGAGUACUUCUGUAGAAAAAACUACUGGUCUCCUCCAGAGUAUCACCUGUACUCCACGCCCGGGUACGACGGCAAACUGCUGCUGCUGUACAAGGUGGUUCUCUCAUCCACACACAGCACUUUUAUCCCAGACAAACUGUGUGUUCUUGUGGACGAUGCCAAAGAGCUGGCGGCUCAGACCACUCUCUGGAACCUCGCAGUGGGGGACCCCUCCCCUUCUCUGCGGACUCCGCCCCCUGUGUCCAGCACGGUGUUGACCUGCGAUCGACCUUUGACCCCCUGCCUGCCUCUGCCUCCACAUUUCCCUCUGGCCCCUCUGGAGAAUCUACAGCAAAAGAAGGAGCCAUUUUGUGACGGACAGUUAGGUUUGUACCAUUGA